UGGUUCAUUCCCGUCCUUAACUCCCAAGAAACUACUCAUAAAGCAGUGCCCCUCGCUCUUCCACUCUAAUAUGGCUGCACCCAAAAACAACGUUAGUUAUUCAACCUUUUCGAAUGACUAUCGACAUAGUAUGGUGGCCGAAUGUAAGCUUAGAAUGGUUGGAAAGUUCUUUAAACCAAAACCAAAAAUGACUAAAAUCCGUGUUAGUUUCAGGGCAAAAGUCCCUCUUAAAGGGGUAGUCAAGAUGAAGUCUUAUGAUGAUCUACAUGUGUUUCUUGAUUUUACUAAUGAAGAGGAUUAUGAUUCUGUUUUGUGGAAAGAAAAGGUUGUUGUUGCUGGUGCACUCAUGGAGGUUUCUAGGUGGACCCCGCAAUUUCCUGAUCAAGUUAGAGAAACGUUUGGUAUUAUGGAGCUAGGUAAUACCAAAAGAGAUGAGCAUAUUGGUAGCAGAAAUGAGUACGGGACAAAGAAGUCAGAAGCAGUACCUGAAAAUCCACACAUACAGAAAGAUGUUUUGUAUAUUUCUGAUUCAGUAGAUUGUGUUCCUGAAGUAACUCAUUCUUAUUCCGAGGACAGAAUUGCAAGUCAUGUCAAUUGUGAAACCUCUGAAAUAAAUUCUUCCAUGGAAAUUAGUUGCACUGGGUUUAGUGGCCUUUCACCUGCUCCAAAUGGGAUUGCUGGAAGAAUUCCUUCUGUUAUGUAUGAUAGUUCAUCAAGGUGUUCAACAGACUUAGUUCCUUCAGUGAUUAUGAAUAGGGGGCCUUUAAGAGGGACUUGUUUGAACCACAACAACAAAAAGUCAUAUAGCAGAGGGUGGAAUUAUGGAAGCAAGUUAAAUAGUGAAGCAGCUGAAUGGCGGCCUUGUAAAGCACUUAGUCAGCCAUUAUAUGCUCUUCCAAUUGUCGAACACCAUGAGAAUCAGAAAUCAAGACCUCCGAUGGAAGUGCAAUAUUCGACCUAUACGGGAUACCCAACAGUAACCUCUUCAGAGAACCACCGUAAAAGCUUAGUCCCCAAGUAUAAGCUCACUUUGAUUGGGAAUUUCUUCCAUAGGAGGCCAAAAAUGAAAGAAAUCCGAGUUGAUUUCAGUGCAAAGAAUCCUCUGAACGGCCAGGUGAAGAUUAGGGCUUGCACUUGUCGACAAAUAUUACUUUGUUUCACCAAUGAAGAGGAUUACUACACUAUUUUGUACAAGAAAUCACUCUUCGUUGCUGGUGCCGUCAUGCUGAUUUCCUGGUCCCCAGAUUUCCACCAUGAAGGAGAAAUAGUAGUUUCACAUAGAGAAAGACCUUCCUUGGAGCUGCCAAAUACAAGUUUUCCUCCUAGAAGCCCUCCAAGAAGUAUAGGGUCUGCCAUUCAGUCGAUGUCCAAGUUAUCGAUCUCAGAUAGCUCCAAGCUGACUCAGAAAUCAGUUACCUCGGUCAAUUCAGCUGAAACUGAUGUUUUAUUGAAUGCUGAUCCUCAUAAAGCCAUAGUGCCAAAAGCCAUGGAUAAGCCCUUAGUGCAGUCAGUAAGUGUAGCUGGUCGGUUGUGCCCUGAUCCUUCAACAGCUACAGACAUUUAUGUUCCUCAGUCUUAUCCGAAUGGAAUUGUGGGGAGUCCUAUUUUUGGAAGAAACGAACAAGCUGGCCGUGGAAGCACCUUUCCCAACCCUAGCCGAGCCCUGGAUCAGCACAUUCUUGCUCAGCCAAAUAUGACUGCCAGGAUAGCACAACUACAACCACCAUCAACAACCUCAGUAAGUGACACUACCAGCUCAAUCCGAUACGGGGAAUGUCUCAAGAAUCAUGCUGCAAGCAUGGGAGGGCAUGCUGUCGACGGAUGUGGAGAAUUCACGCCAAGUGGAGAAGAAGGGACCCCUGGAGCUCUGAAAUGUGCUGCUUGUAAUUGCCACCGAAAUUUUCACAAGAAAGAGAUCGACGACCACCGACAGAUGGCCGGCAUUGGAUCACAUUCUACGUUCAAUCAACCGAGAAAUAAUAGCAGUAGCGACGAUAUACACAACCAACCCCUGAUUUCUCUUCCCACACAGCAGCUGCAGCAGUAUAGCUCUUCUCCUAAUUCAGUGGUUAACUCUUCACAGUCUUAUCCUCAACCACCCUCGCCGAUAUCUGGUUCAGUAUUUUUACAACAGGGCUCGGAAAAAAUAGAACCUGGUUUAGUUCGACCAAGCUACUCAAAUGAAAUGUUGAAUCAUGACACCAGGCAGAAUGGUCAGGAAUGGGAGUAUUCCAGGAGGGACAGCAGCAGGAAUAUAUCACGAGAUCAUCCUUCAAUACGAAAUGAAAGUUGGAAUGUUGACAUGUUCAAGCCUUUAAACAACAGAACCCCUGAUCACAUUUCAUCUGAGUUUCCAGCCUGCAUGUCUAGGUGCCAGUCCCAGAGUGUCUUUGCCAAUGAAUUUCCACAUCUUGACAUCAUUAACAACUUGUUACGUGAAGAGCAUUUUACUGGACGGACUUUGAUGACCAACUCAGGCUUUCAGAGUUUGAACAAUGGAACAAACCAUCUGAGUGGGCAUUUCACUUACCCAAGCGAUAUUGGGAUGUUUACAGGUUUAGAUCCCUCAACAAGUUCUUGUAGGCCUGAGCGUAAUCUCUCUGGUCUUUAGAUUUGGAGUGAUUCUGCUCUUCUUUAUUACCUUUUAUAUACAUGAAAAAUGCUAAGUAUAUUAGUAUUUCAUUAGCGCUGAAGUAUGUUAAUAGCUCCUUUUGGCAA